UAAAACUGAAUCUAGCCUCGCUCUACCUAGGCCUUUCUUCAUUCUUUUUCGAAAGCAAAAUUUUAGAAUCGUUUCUCUUCCAUUGUUACAGUAGGAAAAUCUUACUCAUCUUCUCUCUCUGUUCACACAACUCCAUUGUUUCCUCUUCCCUUCCAUUUCUCAAAAUGGAACCAGACCACAACCCUCCUCCCAACACCUCCACCCCCUUUCACCACCACCACGACGGCGCAGGAACCUGCGUCAACUGUGGCGGACCCACCGCGUUCCCUACACCGCCGCCUGAUCCCAACCCCAACUACAUCCCCAUUCGCGCUCCGGCCGUCAACCUUCCACCAGCCAAUAACAGAGAAAUCAUCAUCCGAACCCCUGUUCCUCAAUCACAGCGAAUCAUUCCCCUAACUCCCCCUUUUCAUUUCCAAACCCCAACCAAAAAAAUCCACUCCCAAAGCGACAUCGAUCAGUUCCACUCCUCUCCCACUUGCCAUAACUUCCUUGGCUUUAUCGUUUCACUCUCCGAGUCCGUUCGUUCCCACAAGCUCUCCGAUCCUUGCCACGUGUCUCCUCCAGUUUCAGCCAUUGUUUCCGUUCUCCAAACCCUAAUUGCCUACGUGGAUGAGAUUCCUUUAGCGCUUCAGACCUCUCGAUACGGAAACUUGGCCUACCGUACGUGGCACGAGCACAUGAGCUGUGAUGCUGAGUCAUUCAUGCUUCAAUUCCUGCCUACCGAUCUCCAUUCUGCUACUGUUGAGCUUGUUCCUUACUUUACUGAUAGCUUUGGGAACUCCAGCAGAAUUGACUAUGGUACUGGGCAUGAGACAAAUUUUGCAGCAUGGUUGUACUGUUUAGCAAGAUUAGGAGUUGUGAAAGAAGAGGACUAUCAAGCUCUGGUGUCAAGGGUUUUUGUCAAGUACUUGGAGUUGAUGAGGAAAUUGCAAACAACCUAUUGCCUAGAGCCUGCUGGGUCCCAUGGUGUUUGGGGACUAGAUGACUACCACUUUUUACCUUUUAUAUUCGGGUCAUCUCAGUUGAUUGAUCACAAGUACAUGAAACCAAAAUCUAUUCAUAACGAAGAUAUCUAGGAGAACUUUGCAAAUGAAUAUUUGUAUCUCUCAUGUAUUAUAUUCAUAAAGAAGGUGAAGAAGGGAGUGUUUGCAGAGCAUUCUCCUAUGUUAGAUGACAUUAGUGGUGUGCCCAAUUGGAACAAGGUAAACAGUGGCUUGCUUAAGAUGUAUAAGAUAGAAGUUUUGCAGAAGGUUCCUAUCAUGCAGCAUUUCCUUUUUGGCUCCAUUAUCCAAUGGCAAUGAUGUGCUGGUCGGUCUUUUUCCUGAACCAUGGGUCAGUCAUAUAUGGCUUCCUAUUUACCAGCAGCUAUAUAGUGGUGGAGAAACAUACUUUCUAAUACUCUGGCAGCACAGACCUACAAGAUUUUAUGAUUCUAAUGUGUCACCCUGCUAUUCAGCAGACACUUUAUCAUCAGGAUUUUGAAUAUUGUUGUUAAAAUGAUCUUGAAGGUAUCGUGUACUCACAAUUGUACCUUUUGAUAGAUUUUAAGUGCUUUGUUAUAUAGUUCUUUGGGUACUACUGGCCCUCGAAUUUGAGUAUACUUUUAAGGCAGUAAAAAUCCCAAUCCCAUUUUGUGGUAGAAAAUGAUUUUCUUCUUAA